UAUAAUAGUCUAAAACUAGCGCAUCUUGUGGACUGGUGUUUGGGCACAAUUUGCAAGUGAUUAAAUAAAAAAAAAAUAUUCUAUCAAUCUUCCUUUUCUCUGGGUAAACUAUGGACUUGCUUUUCAGUGCUUGGUAGUGCUAAUGCUGUCUUAUGUGCAAGCAAAUCUCUUGGUAAAUGACACAGCUAAACAGCCUAAGCUAAUGUGUGGAUCUCUUCUAGCUGUCAAAGCAGUGUUAGCUGGUGAAUCCUGUGGUGUGGGGUUAUCCACUGGGAUAUGUGGUAUCCUAUUUGAUACUAGGAAAGCUAUUUGAACUUAUUAUUUGAAGGCAUUCAAAAUACUAGUGCUGGUCCACCCUGAUUACCUUAAUGCUAAUUUGAAAUUGGGACAGGGAUUAAGGAAUAAUGGGUCUUCUUUUUCACUGGAAUUGGUCCCCAAGUUGGUCGAGUGCUGGCCCUUGUGUCGGGGAUUGUUGUUUCCUUUACAACGAGGUUGUCAAGUAAUAAGUACGGCUUUACAUCGAAGACAUGGUGACUGAAAGAUGCUUGCCAGUUAUUGUUGAUUUUUGCUGAAAGAUACCUGCAUUUAACCAAAGAGCAACGAAGGAAUGAAACAUGCACCAGAGACUGGCAUUGUUCUGCAGAAACCUUGAGUGUUUCAGAGAGUUUGGCGGAUAUCUGUUUCUGUGCAGAAGAAGCUAUGGAUGCAAAAGCCGAAGUGAGUUUUUGUGUUCUGGCACGCCGCAAUCAAUUCAAUGUUGCAAG